UUUUUGAUUGUCAAAUAUUGAAAGAUAAAUAAAUAACAGUUAUAAAUAAAUGCAGUUUUGUGUAAUGUAAAACGAUAGUGAUUUUGUUUAUAUUAGUAACAUGUAAAGCGCAUUACAAAAAUGGCUUGUUUACAAGUGAAAAUCGCCCUCAAAAGUUUUUUCUUAUCAUUUUUUAUCGUAACAAUAAUAGGCUUCUUGCAAAUUUAUUACAAUUUUACAAAUAGUUUCGCAAAUGUCGCCGGCACGUUCGCCUGCACGAUAUUCGUUGUGCUCGUUAUUACAAAACUCUACUUCCAAGGCUACUACCCAUUUCAGAUUGCCAUCAGAGCCGCUUUCUUAGGCUGUGUCUUGUCCUUAGGGAUAUUCGUUAAGCUAGUCGCCCCGCCGCACAUCCAAUUAUUCGGAGGGUACAUGAUCGUCAUGGCCUUCUUCCAUUUCAGCGAAUUCGUAGCCAUAGGCAUCGUCCAGCCGAAAUUCGUUAACAAAGACUCGUUCGUCAUCAACCACAGCCCCCAGUACAUCACGGCUGCCGUCACCUCUUGGGUGGAAUUCUUUAUAGAAAGCUAUUUCUUCCCCGGUAUGAAGCAAGUCGAGUGGCUGUCGAAUGUCGGGCUGCUAAUUUGCGUAUCGGGCGAGCUGCUCAGAAAGACUGCAAUGCUGACGGCCGGUUCGAACUUCAAUCAUCUGAUUCAAUGCGAGAAGUUUAGCAACCACACUUUAGUUACCACGGGUGUAUACAGCUGGUUUAGACAUCCUAGUUACGUAGGUUGGUUUUAUUGGUCUAUUGGAACGCAGGUUCUACUCUUAAACCCAUUGUGUGUAUUAGCGUACACAUUAGCGAGUUGGUUGUUCUUCAAGACUAGAAUAGAAAUAGAGGAGAUUACUUUGUUAAAUUUCUUCGGCCAAAAUUACUGUGAUUAUCAAGAGAAAGUCAGUACGGGGAUCCCGUUCAUCGAAGGCUAUAAAAUCUAAGUUUUUGCAAGGAAAUCUUGCAGCAAGAAACUUGUCUUUUAACUAAUUUGCUUCUAAGUUUAUUUAUUACUAAAUAAUUGUUCUAACAAGUGAAAAAUCGAAAAUUAUUAAUUUGUUAUUAAUACAUGUAUUUUUGUACUUAAUAGACCUGUCGGUUUCAAGUAAUUAUCCAAUAGCUGUAAUUACUGAUUGUCCAAUACAAUUCUUCAAAGAAG